AUCCACCAAUCAGUCGCCCAGGCGGUCAAGUAAGCACCGUUUGUUGCGCACAGCGCACGCUCAGAAGAGAUCACGUGAGUGACGUGGAACAGAAGCUAGCGCAGGUCGGUGGAGAUAAAGGACAGUUGAUCAUCAUGGUGAAAGGAGACGUGAAUAAACCCAAAGGCAAGACGUCUGCAUACGCAUUCUUAGUGCAGACGUGCCGCGAGGAACACAAGCGCAAGAGUCCUGAAGUGCCUGUGAACUUCGCAGAGUUCUCCAAGAAAUGUUCUGAGAGAUGGAAGGCGAUAACUGCGUCGGAUAAGACCAGGUUUGAGGACAUGGCGAAAGUGGAUAAAGUUCGCUAUGACAGGGAGAUGAAGGAUUACGAGCCGCCCAAAGGUGCUGGCAAGAAGGGCAGCAGGAAGAAGAAAGACCCAAAUGCUCCUAAAAGACCCCCGUCUGCCUUCUUUGUGUUUUGCUCUGAGCUCCGGCCGACAGUGAAGAGCGAGAAUCCCGGUCUGUCCAUUGGUGAGAGCGCCAAGAAGCUGGGCGAGUUGUGGUCUAAACAGAGCACCAAAGACCGCGCACCCUACGAGCAGAAGGCCGUGAAGCUGCGUGAGAAAUAUGAGAAGGACGUUGCGGCGUACCGCUCUGGGGCCGGAGCUGCAAAGAGAGGACCGGGUCGACCUACCGGCUCUGCUAAAAAAUCCCAGCCUGACGCUGAUGAUGAUGACGAUGACGACGAUGAUGAUGAGGAAGAUGAGGACGACGACGAUGAGGAUGAUGAGUAGAGUGCUCGUGUCUAAUGCCGCAUUACUGAGGGUCAUGUCAUGAUUUUUUUUUAUUUCUCAUGUACAUGUUUUUACGUAAAACCGCUCCAGCAACAAUGAAAGUGUAAAAUGUUGUCUUGUUUUUCUUUAGAUUUACUUUAUAUUUUUGUACACUUCCAGCUGUUGGUCCAAGAUUUUGUAGAAAUGCUUUUUUUAUAAUAAAUGUUAAGGAUUUCGA